GCAACCAUUUCAAGUCAGAUUUCAGGGUCUGUCCCUUCAGAGGGUGUAGCCAAAGACUACAGGGGAACUUAACUGAGUAUCAUUUUUGAUGGGGUUUCUCCAGAGACACAGAAUUUAGCAUCAAACAGACAAACAAAUCACCUUUUUCAUUCCCUCCCAGCAACGUUUUUGUCACUAAGGUAACGAAUGCACCGUAUGGUUUCCCUGAGUUCUACUGUGCUUUUGUGCCCCUGUUCUUUCACUAGCUAAUUGGCUGUUCCCUUCAUGGAGCCACUCUACUCAGCUGUCAAGGAUGGAGCAUGGGCAUUUUUCUCCUCUCACGUGACAGAAGUUAUCCAUGUUUCAAUUCACUUUAAGAAGUCCAACUUGGUGCUGUCUAGAUCCCUUUUUCUUCCUAGAUUUGUAAGAAUUUUAUUGUCUUCAUAGAAAAUAGCCAAAGGAAGAUUUUUACUUCCUAUUCUUGUUUCAACUAGAUUUUAAUUCAUGUGUGCUCUGAGGUUACAAAGUAUGUUUCCUGGAAACAGUGUAUUUUAGAUUGAGUGAUAGCAGGUCAGAUUCAGCCUGAGUCUGAGAUGAGUCCACAAAAUAUUUUUGACUGUAGUGUAUUUAAAAGUUCAACCUCAACAGAGUUUCACACUGUUGGCACAAUCAGCAGUUUGUAAAGAGUAGCUCUCCCAUACUACAACAGCUCCAUUGCAAAUGUUUGCUCCAGGUCAAGGCCAACAUUUUUGGUAAAACACUGUGGGAAACUUUGCAUUACAUCUGUUGAUGUUGUAUUUGCCAAGGAUUUCAUUUUAGUAAAAUCCAAGUGUGUAAACUUGGUGUUCAGUUUAUUUCUGAGUAGAAUGCAUUCCUCUGGAAUGAAGAGCACUGUUUAAUUUUGGAUACACAGGAUAACUUCCAUCUCUAUACCAAACUCAUCUCAGAUAUUAUUUAAGAGGAAUAAAUCUUUUAACGCCUAAUUAAAAUUCUACUUCAUCUUUUGUCUCUGAGAAAUAAACUAAAAGGAUUUAAGUCUGAUGUUUUAAAUUAAGAACUUUUGUGGAUAAAUUGUAUUUGGCAUAAUUGCUGUGAUUUGAAAUCCCAUAUUUGUAUAUAGCAUGAUGGAAUUUUUAGUUUCUUAAUUAAUUUCAGUACCACUAACAGGUUGGGUUCACUCAUUAUUGUGGAAUCCACACAUUAAAAGACAAUGCUCAUAUGAUAGCUCAGUCUUCCUUUGAGACAUCUUUUUCUUUCAAUGCCCUUUCCUGGGUCUUCAUUACCUUUGGUUACCUGGAAUUGCUGCAUUUAGAGACUAUCUUACAACUCGGAACCUUCAGAUCGGGUCAGAUGUGUGUUUGCUUCUGGAACUGGUCAGGCAGUCCUGUUAGUUUGUGCUGGAUUUACCAGGAACUCACUACUUACUGUUUCUUUCAUCCCUUUUUUAUUGUUUAAAUUAAUAUGUUUCCAAAACCAGGUAAAUAUAUUGAUUCACAUAUCUAAAAGUGUUACUGACGUUACUUUUAUAUGACUUACCCUACCAGGGAGUUAGGAAGCAAAGGGGACGUUAAUGGAACGGUCAGAACUGGAGAACACAGGGGAGGUCUUGCUUACUAAACCCUACAGCAACGUGAUCUCAGUCUGAGUUGAGCUCUGCUCUGUGUGUCUUCUCUGACACAUGCUCUGUGCAGAGUGUUCUUGAAUGAGUGGCUCAUAUAAAUGAAAAUGUCUCAGAUUGUAGUUGCUGACUACAAACACUCAGAAUUUGGGAAGAGUUGUCUUUUUUUGAAAGGUUGGGUGCCUCUCCUUCAUGGUUGUUAGUGCAGGCUUAUUGUCUUCCACCUAGAGGGAUUACGAGGCUCUUUAUUCUCUUUUAACAAUAGCACAGUGCAGCAGGAUAAAAGGGUGAUUAGAAAUGAAUGUUUCCAAAGAGCUUGGAAUUUGUUACAUUACUAAAAUGAAAUGUCUGUGAUUUUUUUCAGACCAAAACAAUUCUGUAAAUGAGAGCUACUAGUUCUGAGUAGUUUUGUUUUGCUCUUUCAAAAUCCAGCUAUAAUUAAGAUGUUUGGGAGUAGAGUUCUUUAGAAAAUCUGGUGAAAUAAGAUAUAGUAUCGUUAACAAAUCAAAUCUGUGUUUCAUUGGAUAACAUUUUGUAUUUUAACUAACAGGUGUACAGGAGGCCAGUUAUACGGGUAAGAUUACCUUUGGCUAGCAGUGAACAGCCUCCUACCUGUGUGUCUCUUGUGCUGUGUGAGAUCUUGGUGUGUCAAGCAUUCUUUACCUCAUUAAUGGGUUUUAUGAACCAGACCAUUUUGCUAUGCAGUUGCCACAGAAAUGCUUUAUAUACAAUACAAUGUUUUCAUGAGCAAUAAAAGUCAAUAUGUAAGAGAGCAAUAUUUUAAAAUUAUGUUAUAAAUGUGCAAUACUAACUUCAGUUUUAUUACAUUUUGACAAAAUGGAUGCUUGCAAUUCAGAUUUACAUGCUUCAGACUGCUGAGUACUGUGUUAGCAGCUCUAACAUAUCUAUGUUAAAGAAUACCAGUGGUAAAAGUGUUACAUCUGCAUCUGUCCUAUUUAAAUAAGCUCCAAAUUCAUGCAUGCCCUUGUACUUGUUUUAAAUUAGUUGUUACCAAGGUGUAAUAAGAUUGAAAGUUAGGUUUGAAGUUAGGCACUAGUGCAACCUUACAUCUUUUUAAUUAUAAUUUUGAGACUAGGGAUUUGACUACUGUUCAUUGAAGAUUAAAAAGGGCAUGCCUUGUUUACUUGCCCCUCCCUCAGUAACAUUUAUGGAGUGAGAAAUGAUCUGGAUAGUAUUCUGACAUUGUUCAUGAAAUGUGUCCAACACUUUUAUACGAACAAAGACCUCUUGUUCAGUCUGAAACCAAGAGAUGAAGUCUGAAUGAUUUCUUUUUCUCGUCUGUUGUUUAUGUAUUUAAAAAUGAUGUGUUUAGUCCAACCAUACAAAUCCACAAGUUGAUCUUUUCCUUUUUCUUUUAAAUAGAUAGUGUUUCAAAUAAUUGGUCUGAGUUGAGUAACAGAAACUUGUUUUGUUCAGAUGUUCCCAGUUCUUUAUAAAGGCUUUGAUAUUUGAACAGUUUGCUCUGCUUCCUUAUCUUUUAUAUAUUUAAUUUAUUUUGAUGCAUUUGCUCAUUGUCCUGCUGGUUUUCUUCCAGAGAUCACAAUGUCUCCUUUUCUUAGAUUUCAGAAACAACAUAAUUAUGAUCUGAAAUAUAAAUAAUUCCUGUAUAACAGAAUUCUAACCAUAUCUAAAUGUUAGUAGUCCUUUAUAACUUGAAGGGGUUUUUUAAUUACUUGUACCUUUUUAAACUCAUGUUGAGUUCAAAUUAUUUGAAGAUACCUGAAGUCCUUCUUCUAAGCUGUUUCUUGAGGGUUCUCUAAAAAUACUGUAAAAAGAAAAAAUGACAUCUAACAAACACUUGUAAAUUUGGACUGAGGCUGAUUUUACAGUCUGACCAAGUGAGAAGUUCUUUGCAUUUGAACUGGGAGUAAUAAACUGUCAUGAGCACAACUUCUCUCCUGUUGUUAAAGAAAGAAGAUGGAAGAACCUUUUUGGUGGAUCAUGUUAAAACAAUCCCUUCAACUGACCCGAUGACAUUUGUGUUUCUCUCUGGUGUGCAAAAGGACUUUAUGUUUAUUAAAGAAAUUUAAUUAAUGUUCAGGAUUUGCUGCCAAUUGAUGCAAAAAUAAAUUAACAUGAAAAUGUGAACUGUUUGCAUAUUUUGCUAUGAGUAGCAAUUUUAGAUUCUGUGAAGUCACAACUCUGUAUGACAACUCUGCAAGAAUAAAGUUUCAAGCAACAACAGAGAAGUUGCCGGAAAGAUGUAUAAAACUAUGAGGUUGAGAGUUCAAUUACAAUGUGUUUUACACAGCAAAACUUUUUUAAAGUGUCUAGGUACUUCUAUUUGAUGUUGACCUAUUUUUUCCUGUGAAAGAUUGCAUGAGUUUUCCCAUAAUGCUGCCAUUGCAAGUUGUACUUAAUUUCUUCUAUUGGUAAGCAUGCGGCAUACUUGAAAUUAAUUUUCUUCAUUGUAAGGUUAUUUGUCUUAAAAAGGCAGUACAUACUUUUAUGUUCUUAUCUACCAGUACUGACUUUUUUUUGAAACAGGGAGUAAAUUUUUCAUUUUGUGAUGUGCCAAGUAACAUUCAAAGGAUGGUGCUAAUAGCUUGGAUUCUUUUCUGUGGAAAGUAUCAUGUGCCAGGAGUAAGAUUUUGGAAAGCUAAACUGGAGUUAAAGUAUAUGCUGUCUUUUUAAGGAAAUUUUAAAAAGGGAAACAAAAAAAGCUAAGAUUCUGUCCUUUCACCUGUUGUCUGCAAUUUUUUUGCUGUUACUUCUUUCUUGCCCUACUGCUGCCUCAUGCAAAGCAGGAGAUUCAGGAUGGACACAAUGGCUAUCAUUCUGAAGCAGAAACUGAUCAGGCACUGCGGGAUGGAAACAAACUGGCACAGAUGGAAGAGGCUCCACUUUUUCCUGGAGAAUCAAUCAAAGUUAUCGCUAAGGAUGUUAUGUAUAUCUGCCCAUUUAUGGGAGCAGUCAGUGGUACGCUCACAGUGACGGACUUCAGAAUGUUUAUCAAAAGUGUUGAGAGGGAUCCACCUUUUGUUGUUGAUGUUCCCCUUGGAGUUAUAAGUAGGGUUGAAAAAAUUGGAGUACAGAGCCAUGGAGAAAAUUCAUGUGGUAUAGAAAUAGUUUGCAAGGAUAUGAGAAAUUUGCGGCUGGCCUAUAAACAGGAGGAGCAGAACAGACUGGAGAUCUUUGAAAACCUUGUAACACGUGCAUUUCCUGUUUCUAAUGGGCUGCCUCUUUUUGCAUUCAGCUACAAAGAAAAGUUUGCUGUUAAUGGCUGGAAAGUGUAUGAUCCAAUGGCAGAAUAUAAGAGGCAGGGCUUGCCCAAUGAGAGUUGGAAAAUAUCUAAAAUUAACAGCACCUAUGAGCUUUGUGAUACAUAUCCUGCUGUUCUUGUUGUGCCAACCAGUGUAAAGGACGAUGACCUCUCAAAAGUGGCAGCAUUUAGAGCAAAGGGGAGAAUUCCUGUGUUGUCCUGGAUUCAUCCUGAGAGUCAAGCAACAAUAACACGAUGCAGCCAGCCAUCAGUUGGCCCAAAUGAUAAGCGUUGCAAGGAAGAUGAAAAAUAUUUGCAGACAAUUAUGGAUGCCAAUGCUCAGUCACAUAAACUUAUCAUCUUUGAUGCCAGGCAGAAUAGUGUUGCAGACACAAACAAGGCUAAAGGUGGAGGAUAUGAAAGUGAAAGUGCCUACCCAAAUGCAGAGCUGGUCUUUCUGGAGAUUCAUAAUAUACAUGUCAUGAGAGAAUCCCUGCGGAAACUUAAAGAAAUUGUUUAUCCUACUAUUGAUGAGACUCGGUGGCUGUCAAAUGUGGACUCCACACACUGGCUGGAAUAUAUAAGGAUGCUUCUUGCUGGAGCAGUAAGAAUUGCAGAUAAAAUUGAAUCUGGUAAAACCUCUGUAGUGGUGCACUGCAGUGAUGGCUGGGAUCGAACUGCGCAGCUCACUGCACUGGCCAUGCUUAUGCUGGACAGCUAUUACAGAACCAUCAAGGGCUUUGAAGUACUUGUAGAGAAAGAAUGGAUAAGUUUUGGACAUCGAUUUGCAAUGAGAGUGGGACAUGGAGAUGAUGACCAUGCAGAUGCUGACAGAUCUCCCAUUUUCCUUCAGUUCAUUGACUGUGUUUGGCAAAUGACAAAGCAGUUUCCUGCAGCAUUUGAAUUCAACGAGUUAUUUUUGAUCACCAUUCUGGAUCACCUUUAUAGUUGUCUAUUUGGAACUUUCUUAUGCAACUGUGAAAAAGAGAGAUUAAAAGAGGAGUUGAGCACAAAGACUGUAUCUCUGUGGUCCUAUAUAAACAGCCAAUUAGAGGAAUUCACAAAUCCCUUCUAUGUAAACUAUGAAAACCAUGUCCUGUAUCCUGUUGCCAGUCUGAACCAUUUGGAACUGUGGGUGAACUACUACAUCAGGUGGAACCCAAGGAUGCGGCCUCAGGAUUUUAUGCACCAUCUCAGCUCUGCCUGCCAAAUUGAUAUCCAUCAAUUAAAAAUGCAGCCGCUAACCUGGUCGGCAUAUGCAACUCUGUACGACACUGUUACCAUUCCAGGUGCACAAACAGUUGCUGCUCAGCUGGGACCGAUUUCUGGGUUAGACUAUCCUGAUCUGCAGAAAUAACACUGGGACAAAAAAAGAGCGAAAAUACCACCAGCAGCCUGACAAAUUUGGGUCACACAGAGAAUCCGCUAAUCGAACAACUCAGUGAGCUGAGAGAGACAAACCCAAAUUCCUUUCACGGUGACUCCACGGCUACCUCUGUUUAGGAUUAGCUGAGCCCCAGGCUGCUACAGAGCUUUAUACCUGCACCAUGGAACAUCUUAAACAUCACUCUAACACUGUCA